GAAAAAUUCAAAGCUAUUUCCCUAUUUUUCUUUCUCCUCUUCUUAUUGAAUUCACGGUGACUUUUAAAGAACAUAAAGGCAUUUAAGAUAGUUAAAACCAUCAGACAUCCUGCUUUACUUCGAAUUCAAUGAUAAACAAAAUCAAAGAAUAAAAUAACAAGCCUGAUUUAUUUAUCUGAAUAAUGUGUGUCUCACUAUAAGGUUAUAAUGAAAGCAGGGGAAUCCUUAGAGUUAUGUAGUAUAGCAAAUUAUAAAUAAAUAAAUAAAUUUAUAAAUAAAUAAAUAAAUAAAAGAUGCUAGCGGUGAUAUUUACUCAGAUAAGUAUCAGAUUUAUUCAGUCAGUCCAGUGAAAUUGGGAGGUUUCUGGAGUGCCUGGCCGGUCGUCAGAGCCAGGAGAGUAUUAUGAUUUAAUGGUGUCUUUUCUGCUGCAUUUGAUGAGCUGUCCUAGAAAAACAUUUGAAGCAAUAAAGUAUCCAUUUGGCUUCUAAGUAAUGAGGGAGGCAGUGGUCUUUCAUUAACUAUUUAUUCAGGAAGAAAGUGACCAACUGCUAAUAAGCUUUAUCCAAAGAGGGUGGCGGAAAACAGGAGAAAAUGCAGAAGUGAGGUUCUGUUCAAUUUCAUAUGCAAUUAACAAACACCCAAAGCUAAGCGGUUGGUGCUCCUCCUCCAUGUGACUUCUGGCUGGCUGUAUUUAAGUGCGAGUGCCUGUCAGAUGCAUGAAAGGCCCCUGGGUUUAAGGAAGGAUUGUGCCGUCUACACCAAAGACCAAAAGAAAGGAGGCAAUGAGCGAUAAUCACUCCAUUCAGAAGACUGAUGCUGUGCGCUGAGAACAGGAAGGAGAUGGAGGACUGGAUGAGCUCACUGAAGUCUGUACAGACCAGAGAACCUUACGAGGUGGCCCAGUUUAACGUGGAACAUUUCUCAGGGAUGCAUAACUGGUACGCCUGCUCCCACGCGCGACCCACUUUCUGUAAUGUGUGCAGAGAGAGUCUUUCCGGAGUCACCUCCCAUGGCCUAUCCUGUGAAGUGUGUAAAUUCAAAGCUCACAAAAGAUGUGCAGUGAGGGCAACAAAUAAUUGCAAAUGGACGACUCUAGCCUCCAUAGGGAAGGACAUCAUAGAGGACGAGGAUGGAGUAGCUAUGCCUCACCAAUGGCUCGAGGGUAACUUGCCUGUGAGUGCCAAGUGUGCUGUCUGUGACAAAACGUGUGGGAGUGUUCUGCGUCUACAAGAUUGGAAAUGCCUUUGGUGUAAAACAAUGGUACACACUGCCUGCAAAGAUUUAUACCAUCCUGUGUGUCCCCUUGGCCAAUGUAAAGUGUCUGUCAUACCUCCAAUUGCACUGAAUAGCACUGAUUCUGAUGGUUUCUGUAGAGCGACAUUUUCAUUCUGUGUUAGUCCUCUACUGGUUUUUGUCAAUUCUAAGAGUGGAGAUAAUCAGGGAGUAAAGUUCCUUCGACGAUUUAAACAGUUGCUAAAUCCGGCUCAGGUGUUUGAUUUAAUGAACGGAGGUCCUCAUUUAGGUUUAAGAUUAUUCCAGAAGUUUGACAAUUUCCGAAUUCUUGUUUGUGGAGGAGAUGGAAGUGUAGGUUGGGUCUUGUCAGAAAUUGAUAAGCUCAACUUGAAUAAACAGUGUCAGCUGGGAGUAUUGCCUUUGGGUACAGGAAAUGACCUUGCCCGGGUUCUAGGCUGGGGCGGUUCCUACGACGAUGACACCCAACUUCCUCAAAUUCUAGAGAAGCUGGAACGUGCCAGUACCAAAAUGCUAGACAGGUGGAGUAUAAUGACCUAUGAACUCAAAUUGCCACCAAAGUCUUCUCUACUCCCAGAACCUCCAGAAGCAUCGGAAGAAUUUUAUAUGACAAUUUAUGAGGACUCCGUUGCAGCUCAUCUUACAAAAAUUCUCAAUUCUGAUGAACAUGCUGUGGUCAUAUCAUCUGCCAAGAUACUAUGUGAAACUGUAAAGGACUUUGUUGCCAAAGUAGAGAAGGCCUAUGAAAAAACGUUGGAAAACACCGUUGCCGCAGAUGCCGUGGCCAGUAAAUGUUCGGUCCUAAAUGAAAAGCUUGAACAACUGCUUCAAGCUUUGCACACAGAUUCCCAGGCUGCCCCCGUUCUCCCAGGCAUCCACUCUCUCAUCGUAGAAGAAGAUACCGUGGAAUCUUCCAGUGAAGAAUCCUUGUGUGAAAGCAAAGAACAGCUCGUGGAUGACCCUGCAAAACCUCACUCCCAGAAAGCUGUCAAGCCAAAGGAAAUAAUGCUGCGGGCAAACAGUUUAAAGAAAGCUGUGAGACAAGUCAUUGAAGAAGCUGGCAAAGGUACCCGUGAACAAAGUUGGCCUUUGAAGAAGUUAGCUGCGUCCCCAUCUUUUAUGGAUGACCAGAGUGUCCAUCCCUGUGAGCCAGUUAGCCAGUCGUUCGAUAAUGACAGUACAGAAACAGACGAAUCUAAAGAAGAGUCUAAAGACGAUGACACAAGAGAGUCAUUAACUGUUAAAGCUGCACCUGCACCUCGGUCUCCAGAUGGCCGGGCAAGUCGUUCCCAAGCUGACUCUGGCUCUGGUCCCGCUGUGGCAGCUGGCAAAGAGAACCUCCCUGUGCUCAACACCAGAAUAAUCUGCCCAGGUUUAAGAGCAGGACUAGCUGCCUCCAUUGCUGGGAGUUCUAUAAUCAACAAAAUGUUACUAGCAAAUAUUGAUCCUUUCGGUGCAACGCCAUUUAUUGACCCCGAUCCAGAUUCAGUAGAUGGAUAUUCAGAAAAAUGUGUCAUGAACAAUUACUUUGGGAUUGGAUUAGAUGCAAAAAUUUCAUUAGAAUUUAAUAAUAAGAGAGAGGAGCACCCUGAAAAAUGCAGGAGCCGAACUAAAAACUUGAUGUGGUAUGGAGUCCUUGGAACCCGGGAGUUAUUACAGAGAUCAUACAAGAAUUUAGAACAGAGGGUUCAACUUGAGUGUGAUGGGCAGUAUAUUCCUCUCCCCAGUCUGCAAGGAAUAGCAGUGUUGAACAUUCCCAGCUAUGCAGGAGGCACUAACUUUUGGGGUGGAACUAAAGAGGAUGAUAUAUUUGCUGCACCAUCAUUUGAUGACAAGAUCCUGGAAGUCGUUGCAAUAUUUGAUAGCAUGCAAAUGGCAGUUUCAAGGGUCAUUAAACUGCAGCAUCAUCGAAUAGCCCAGUGCCGAACGGUAAAAAUAACUAUAUUUGGCGAUGAGGGAGUCCCAGUGCAGGUGGAUGGUGAAGCAUGGGUUCAGCCUCCAGGAAUUAUCAAAAUUGUACACAAAAACAGAGCUCAGAUGCUAACAAGGGACAGGGCUUUUGAAAGCACGCUGAAAUCUUGGGAGGAUAAACAGAAGUGUGAUUCCGGUAAACCAGUUCUUCGAACUCAUUUGUACAUCCAGCAUGCCGUUGAUUUGGCAACAGAAGAAGUGUCCCAGAUGCAGCUCUGCUCCCAGGCCGCAGAAGAGCUCAUUACUAGGAUCUGUGACGCAGCCACAAUCCAUUGUCUCUUGGAACAAGAGCUGGCCCAUGCUGUGAAUGCAUGCUCCCAUGCCCUGAAUAAAGCCAACCCACGCUUCCCAGAGAGUCUUACAAGAGACACUGCCACGGAAAUAGCCAUCAAUGUGAAGGCACUUUAUAAUGAAACAGAAUCUUUGCUAGUGGGCAGGGUCCCUUUGCAGUUAGAAUCCCCACAUGAGGAGCGCGUUUCUAAUGCCUUACAUUCCGUGGAGAUGGAGCUGCAGAAGUUAACGGAGAUUCCGUGGCUUUACUAUAUCUUACACCCAAACGAAGACGCGGAGCCCCCCAUGGAUUGCACCAAGAGAAACAGCAGAAGCACAGUCUUUCGGAUCGUGCCAAAGUUUAAAAAGGAAAAGGUUCAGAAGCAGAAGACAAGUUCACAGCCUGUUCAAAAAUGGGGCACAGAGGAAGUUGCUGCUUGGCUGGAGCUGCUCAAUUUGGGAGAGUACAGAGAAAUCUUCAUUCGUCAUGACAUCAGAGGGGCUGAACUUUUGCAUCUGGAAAGGCGAGAUCUUAAGGACCUGGGGAUUGCGAAAGUGGGUCAUAUGAAGCGAAUUCUCCAGGGAAUUAAAGAGCUUGGAAGGAACCCUCCCCAGGCUGAGUUGUAAUCAUACUGGUGCUAUUCCUUGGAAGGGAAGUUAUUGCUACUUAAUACAAAGCUCUUAGAAGCAAUGGUCUGUUUCUGUACUUUUCUGCCUAGAAAGCAAGUACCAGGGAAGCACCUCUAUGGCUUGAUAUCUUGCUGUGGGUGAAAAUUUUCAUUUGAGGUAUUAGGAAAUAUUUUUGUGCCAAAAAAAAUACAUUCCACAAAGCCAUUUACCUAUUGUGCAAACUUGACGUGUUCAGAUAUGCUCAUAUUAGUAAGAAGGUAGGAAGAAUCCGAGAUAAUUGCACUGUCUGAAAGGUGGAAACGUUUACUUACAUUGUACUUUCCUGAAACUUGGUCAGAUGGAAUGAUUUUCCCAUAUGACUGCAUAACAAUAUGUGGCUAAAACUUCUAGGUUUCGUUAUUGGAGGCAUUGGCUUCUUCCUUAAAAAUCACUGGUUAAGAGACUAAGAUAUACAUUAGUUUGUGUUUUGAAUGCUAGAUUGGGUGUCAGCUGAGAUUCCUAGCAUUCAGUCGUCAGGGAACAUGGUUGAAACCCCUCAAAUAUUAUGAAUGAAUGCAGAUCUUAAUGCACGACAUUCCUGCCUGAAUGGUCUUUCUUUUUCUUGCAUGUCAUGUAAUAUCGUAAAACUUAGCUUUAAUGUCAGCUUUAAUGGAAUUUAAUUUAUUACUACCGAAGUUACCUUUUUGUUGGUUCAAGGCACUUUUCUGUUCUUUGAUGGGGGAUUUUGGAUAAAUAUUCUGUAUUUAAGAAUUUGUGAACAUGUGUCUGUGCCAUAAUCAACAAAUAAUACACAUUUUAUGCAAGCCAAUUCAAUGUCACUCUAUCAUCAACAGUAGACAUGCGCAUUAAGAAACUCUCUGGAUAUUUUUAUAAAAUUACAUGUUCUGUUGCUGAACUAAAAGCUUAUUAUAGCUUCCAAAACCAAAAUUCCCACAUUUUGUUAUUUUUUUUGUUUAAUUUAGUAUUUAUUUAAUACUCUGUUUGCAUUUAUAAUAUAGUGAGCUAUUGACAUCCAGGAGUUUCCCUGAGGCCUCAACUGGGAUUCAUAUACUGAUUGGUCACCCAGACUUACCCGCUAGCUAGAGUAACUACUGAUAAAUCUUCUCAAUGAGAGAUUUAAAUUUUUAAAUUUUUUCUUAAGGGCUUUAUAUUAUUAUUAUUAUUAUAUUAUUAUUAUUAUUAUCUCACUUAAUUCUUAUAUCAAGUAGAUAUCACUUUCCUUUUCCUAAACCACUAUACUUCAGUGUAAGCUUAUUAGGAGUCAACAUUACAAUUACCAAAUCUUUGAAAGCCAAAGGCAUACAUGUCAAAAAGUCAUAAAAAUAUCCUUAAACAAUCUUUCUUUAAACAUUAUAUACCAAAAAUUAAUUGUAAUAUUUAAAAAUCUAUAUAAGAGAAAAAAACAGGGUAUUGACCCGGUGGUGACAAUUUUCAUGAAGUAGCCUUCUAAGUAGGUGCUCAAUAGAAAAACAUACACACACAUGUACAUAUACGUUUCUACAUGUCUAUACACACAUGCAUGUACAUUCACACUUACAUAUGCAUCAUCUUGAAAUAUACUCUCAUUGAUAUUUUCUGGACAAUUAUUUGUCAAAUGCCUAAUGAGAAAUAUUAGUGAGAAAGCAUUUAAAAUGAACACUGUCAGACAUAGAAUUUCAUUAUAGCAAAGGAGUUUAAAUAUUUGACACUUUAGUCUUAUUUAUAAAUUGGGCAUUUAAGUACCAGUAAAAUCACAAAAUUUUGAUAUCUUAAAAAUAAAUGAGCCUGGUGGGUUCCUGACCAAAUAUGUCUGACUAUAUGUUUUACCUAAGUUGUGAAUAAAUGGAAAUUUCCCAAAGGGAAUUACAUCAAGUAGUGUGAAAGAGUCAGAAGCUACUCAUUUAAUAUUAUAAUGUUACCCACACUUAGGAAAUCAAAGGGCUUCUCCAGCCCCUGAAGGUAUCCUGCUUUUCAGGCAUUUCCCUAUGAAAAUAAAAUGGAGAUGCCAGCUGUCAGAUCACAGAUCCCUAUCCAGCUCUACCAAAAAAAGAAAGGUAGGGGCAAAGAGGCAAGGAACUCUAGAGAAGAAUUAAUUAAUAUAAAAAUCUUUACAGAUUUUCAUUCGCCCAAAAUACCCCUUUGCCACUAGAAAAGAUUUAAGCUAUUACACGUUCGGAAUUUGAGAGUAAGAUGAAGAUAAUUAAAUUUUUUGUUUGAUGCUGGUCUUUUUACUCAUAGGUAGUAACUCUUAUCUAUGCUGUAAAACCUCAAUUGAUGGACUCUUUAGUUAACUAGAAUUUUCUUGGAGAUGGCUUUUGGAUGAGGGAAAUCCUUUAAAAUGACAAUUUUGGUAUCUUUUUUGUUGUUGUUAAAUAAGAGCAAUUGUUCCUGUAUGCUUUGUCUGUGCAUGAUGGAUGUAGGACCCAGAUGACCUUAUUCACAUCUGUUGGCCAAGAUGGUAUCCUCAGAGCCUCCCUAGGUGCCCAUUAGCAUCAAAGAGGGGCCAGCUUAUAGUAGAUGGGGCUACGAAUAAAAAGUAGGAAGAACUGCUCUCUGGAAUCUGAUCACAGCUCAGGGGAGUGCAGGUGGGGCCUCUGUACCUUGAUCCAUUCGUAAGCUGAGCUGAGAAGCUUAGCCCUACUCCCAGUUGCCAGCUCUAACUGUACGUUCCGCUGCUAGGCUCUCCCACACCUGGAUAAUUUGGGAGGGAUGAAGGGGAAUCACAGCCCAGCCAACAUCCACUCCCUUACAGUCUUAUUUUCCUGAGGAAGAAUUUGAGACAGAUAUAUGUGUGUGUGUGUGUGUGUGUGUGUGUGUGUGUGUGUUUAAAGAUUUUAAGUAAUCUCCACACCCAACGUGGGGCUUGAGCUCACAACCCCAA